AGCAUAAUGAAGAAGUUUACUGCAGUGUCUUACGUUUUUCUCUCGUCCGGCAUGAUUGUAGCUAACGCCGGAAGAUUUGACCCAACAGUCCUGAGUGUCCUUUCCCACCGGUCUCGCGCGGAUGACCAACGGCUAACACGUCCCUGUUUCAAUGGUUGCUCCGGACAAGGAGUCUGCACUGUGCAAGGCUGUGCAUGUUACCCAGGGUGGAGCGGGGAUGACUGCACUGUGCGAGCUUGCCCUUCAAAUUGCAACCAGCAAGGAAUAUGCAUUGCCGGAGUAUGCAAAUGCCUGGACAAAUUUGCUGGAGUUGACUGCGGCGUUGUCAAAUGUGCUAGAAACUGCUCCGGGCACGGCGAUUGCCAGGGCGGCGAAUGCAUAUGUCGUCCGCCUUGGACUGGUCAUGACUGUGCAACUCAACGCUGUGCCGACAAGUGCGGUGUACAUGGGGACUGUGACCCUGCAACUGGUAAUUGUGUUUGCCAUCCCCAUUACGGUGGCGACAACUGUGCUGAGCAUCGCUGUCCAAGACUUUGCUCGGGCAAAGGUGAAUGCCUCCCCUCAGGGACGUGCCGCUGUUUCGCUGGAUAUGUGGGAGCAGACUGCGGCCGAGAAGCGUGCCCUCAUAAUUGCAGCGGGCGCGGAACCUGCGAAGACGAAGUCUGUCACUGUCUCGAAGGCUUUAGAGGCGUCGACUGCUCUUUCAAAAUACCGAUCGCUGGAAAAGUAAAUGCCGGUGCAAGCACAAAAUGCCCAGGCGACGGAAAGUGUUCGGGUCGAGGGUCGUGCUACGAAGGGACUUGCAUAUGCAAUGCAGGAUUUGUUGGGCCGAUAUGUGACAGGCUGGACCCCACACUGUUUGCGAAGACUUGCCGGUCAAAGAGCAUUCUGUAUCUGUAGCGGCUGGCGGAAAACUCAACUUGCGCUUUAAGAAACAGACAUAUCGCUUAAACACGACGACAAUGUAGAUAUUUACAAAUACACUUGGUUACAAACCCGUAGCCUGUACAGGGCCCACCAGACACUUUUUUGGAACACACGAAGCAUAUGGAUCAGUGGUGAAACAUAAUAAAUGGAGAUGAUUCACCGAUAACACUGAAACGGGUUCAUUUGUGACAGUACAUCUGGUAUGUGAGCUACCUCCUUCCGUGUGAACUUGAGUGUUCAGUUCAUAUAAUUAGGAUAUACUUUUUCUGUUGACACCUCUUCCAACUCACCCUCAUAUCCAAUACUACAUGAGUGCGUGCACCGUCCUGCUGGAGAAGGUAUUCAUGUUCGUUU